AUGGCCGCAACACCCAGUCCGAAGCCAAAGGUGCUUGCAAGACUGUGGCCCACGUUCUGCAUCAUGGUGCUGGCUGGCCUCUUGGCCACUUCUACCGGCUAUGUCAGUCUCCAAGACACAAGUUGCUUCGCGGCAGAGGGGAAACGGCUCUCUUGGAAGGAGCUGGAUGCUGGGACAAGCCCCGUUGCCAACAAGCUCUGCGACUUCGAGGAGCUACGCCAGGAGCUUCGCGAAGAGCUCCGACCUCAGGCCAAUAAGGCCGAUGCAGAGGUCCUUGCCAACUUCAACAGCGGCAAGAAGAGCGACAACAAUCAAGUCCGGAUCUGCAACCCAUGUUGGUUUGGAGCCGUCGGAGAUGGCAAGACCGACAGCACAGAAGCUUUCCGCGCAGCUAUGGACAUCUGCAGUGCGAAUCGGUCAUGGGGGACGGAGCGAUUCAUACUGCAGAUACCAAAGGGGAUUUUUGUCCUUGGCUCCGUCAACCUCACCAGCAAGAUGACGUUGCACCUGCUCAAAGGUAGCAAGCUCCUAGGGGUCUCAUCGCCAGACUCGUACCCGUUGCUUCCGGCUCUCCCCAGCUACGGCCUCAACCGUGACUGGUCGCUGGACCCUUCCAAAAGGCAUGCAGCUCUCCUGUUUGGCUACAACCUCUCAGACGUGACCAUCGAAGGGCCUGGUAUCAUUGAUGGUAACGGCAGCUGGUGGUGGUCACGCUUCAGCAAGACGCACGUGCUGCUGCAUCACGGACGGCCAUCGCUAAUUCAAUGCAUGUUCUGUGCAAACAUCACUCUUCGACGGAUCCGCCUGCAAAAUCCUGCUUUCUGGAACACGCACUUCUAUGCCUCAAAGAGCAUUCUGGUUGAGCGCGUCAACAUCACCGCCCCGUAUGAUUCGCCGAACACGGAUGGAAUCAAUCUGGAUUCGGUUGUUCAUGCCAUUGUGCGGCAUAGCGAGAUCUCAACAGGGGAUGACGCUAUCGCAAUAAAGAGUGGGCUCAAUCAGGCGGGCCUAACCUUUGCCAUGCCCAGUGCUCACAUCCAUUUGCAUGACCUCGCCAUUCGGUCAAAGUGCCUCUCAGUGGGCAGUGAAAUGAGCGGUGGUGUUUAUGAUGUGCGUGUGGAAAACGUCAAGUUUGGAGACAAUCGGCCCGAGAAUCGAUGGCAUGGAAUUUUUAUCAAGAGCUCAAGGUGGCGCGGGGGAGUGGUGAGAGACCUGUACUUCCACAACAUCUACAGCGUUGCCAGGUCAGGGCUCAAAAGACAAACCAAAGUCUUCAUCAAGAUCUCGAUGCAGUACAGCUCCAGGAAUGGACUCGAGGGUGAAGCUUCGGAGCAACCUCCAGCUUUCAUCAACUUUACCUUCGAGACGAUCUCCUCCAACGGAGCAAAGCAAGUUGCCGACAUCUCGGGAUUACCAGACAGCCCCAUCACCGACAUUGUCUUCAAGGAUGUCACCGGCUCCAACUAUGAACAAGGCAUCUACUGUAGUCGCACCCGAGGAAUCAGAGUGCUGAACAGUGACGUGAAGGCAGUCGAUUGCCUUGCGCACUUGGUGGAUCCUUCGUUGCUUGACGAGCUGGAUCAUUUGGAUCCGCCAGCCGGCCCAGACGUCCAGGAUGCCCACAGCUGGCUGGACAAGCGGAAGAAGUUGAUCGCUGCUGUCUUUGGAAACUCGUCACUUCCAACAAAGUUGAAGCCGGACAACAUCCAGAAAUUGCAGCGAGGUCUUUAUGCAAUUCACUGGGAUCUACCCGGGCAUGGGCUCAGAAGUACUGUCUUCGCGGCCCCGCUCCGAAAGUCGAAGAGCGCAGUGCUGUGGCACCAUGGGCAUCACGACUGCGUCUGUCCUUCCGCAUCCACAACCCACAUGCCAAGCCGAGCCAAGCAUCCCAAGCGCAAGUACGGUGUUCGACCCGGUUGGAUUCAAGGUCCCUGUCGCAUGGGAUGCAUGGGUACCAAGCACACCAAAGAGAGGGCAGCCAAUGGCACUGGAUACACCUGGUGGGAUCUUGACAACGUGACGCGGUUCUUCCACGCGCUGGGGCACAACGUUUUCAUACUGUCCAUGCCACUGGUGGGUGUAAAUUUCGAUUCACGGCGCAGCACCAACUGGACAGAUCACUGGUGGUUCCAGCACCUCGAGAGCCUUGGUGACUCUGCGCUCCGAUACUUCUGCGAGCCUGUGAUCCUGACCAUCAACUACGCUUUAAGCUUGGGCUUUCAGGAUGUGGUUUUGGCUGGCUUGUCGGGUGGCGGGUGGACUACGAGCCUCGUCGCAGCUAUGGACCGGCGGGUGGUGAAGUCAAUCCCCGUUGCAGGUGUCCUGCCAUGGGCUCUACGCUUUGAUCGCACGGCCGCUGGUAUCGAGGCGACAGGUGACAUAGGCGACUAUGAACAGAUCUGCAAGCUGAAACCAUUCCCCUUCAAGAAUGGAGCGAGGCACAAAGGAUAUGGAUGGCGCAGAGAUGCUGGCCGGGAGUAUUGCCAGGCUUGCAACUACAAGUGUCAGUUUCUCUUGGCAGGCUUCGAGCAGCAUCGUUGGCAACUUCAAAUCUUCCACGAGGAUGAUACUUGCUGCUAUGCCGCCGCCGGAAGGCACCAGGAGUUUCUUGCGUAUGAGAGCGACAUCCGCACCGCCUUGGCAAGUCAGCAGCUUCAUGGAUGGUUUACUGUGGUGGUGACAGAUCACAGGUUGCAUGAGCUCUGUGCCGAAGACAAGAGAGUCAUCCAAGCGGCCUUGACCAUGCAACUCACGCCCAAGAAUGGCGCAUGGGACAUAUUGCCUUGUGAUGUGCUUCAUGGCAAGUCCAACCGUGCAGCAACCUGCUACCGAGACAGUGACAUUCAGCAUGCACGAAAAUGA